CCCGCAGCGGAAGCAGUAAGCGCCGUUACCAGCUGGUUAGCCGGAGCUGAGGCAGCGUGAUGUCCGCGGCCUCUAAAGUGGUCCUGUGCGUCUCCGUGGUUCUGACUGUGAGCACUGUGGCCGCGGUCCACCUCAAACAGGCCUGGGACAGAGAGCGCCUCCGUGAGGGCGUGGUCCGGGAUCUGGAGCGGCUGGAGCGCAGGAAGGAGAAUCUGCGGCUGCUGGAGGAGCAGCAGAUCCUGACCCAACAGCUGGAAGAGGAGAGACUCCGCAGGGAGGUCCAUCUCCCCCCAAAGGACACCUGAGCCAGCAUUCACCUGUUCAGGUGUGCUGUACCUGACGCACGGCGAUGGACAGCAGCGGUGAGCAGCUGGUGGGCGGUGAGGACGAGGCUGCCUGCACGUCGGCCUCGGAGGGUCUGGAGGAGGGGGAGGUGGAGGGAGAGACGC